AUGGAUGAGAGAGGGUUUGUAUCUAAAUUAAGUGGUGUAGAAGAUAUGGUGAAUUAUAUCCUCAAAUCGCGGGGUGCGAAGAAGGUUGGAAAGCUCUGGGCUCAUCACUUUGUUAAACAAUGCCUAGAAUUAAAGAUGUGUUUUAAUCGCGUUUAUAAUUUUCAAAGAGCUCUCUAUAAAGAUCCCAAGCUUAUUGAAGAGUGGUUUGGAUUGGUAUCGAAUAUGCAGGCGAAAUAUGGUAUUGUCGAUUCCGAUUUCUAUAACUUCGAUGAAACCAGCUUUAUGAUGGAAUAUGAAAGCUGGUUUUCGAAGAAGAGAUUAGCAUAUGAGAAUACACUUUUAAAUGCUGAGAAUCGAGUACUUACUGGACAAGAAGCUGAAGAUAUAUUAUCACAACAAGAGGUUGAUAAUCAGAUUCAACACGACGAGCGUCAAAAUGGGGGAAAUCCUAAUGGGGAAUCAUCCACUAGUCGAUGCUGUAUUAAUGCACAUUAUGGCGAGUCGAAGUCGAAUUCGCUGAUUUCAUUUUCGAGAAGCAAGAAAGUCGUAUAUAGAAAGGUCCUCAAAGAUAAGCAAGUCAUAAAAGAUGUAAAUUACAGUUUUCGAGUUAUUUAUGUGGGUGUUGAUUGCUUAGAGACGAACUGUUAA